ACCAAAACCAAACGAAAUGAGUUGUGUUGGGUUGACUGUUUGGUUGGCUCUGGCUCACAGUUUGGUUUGACUGUUGAUUGACUGUGUUUCGUUAACAGUUAACAGACUGGUUUUCGACGACAGUUUAUUAGGAAAAGGUGCUUGUGUGGCAGUUCGGUUUUCGUUUUUGUUUAUUUUCAAUGGUUACUGUUGUUUUCUUUUUAAAUUAGACCAAUUCAACUGUUUUGUUUUUACUGUCAUUGCCGACUUCGUAUUCUAUGCAAACAAUGUGGUUUUUGCUAUUUUAGUGUUCUAAAUACCUCUGUGAAUUAUUGUGAAGAUACUUUUUGAUUACGUUCUUCGAGACUGCUAAGCUGUUUUACUUACGUUUACGUUUGACGACCAAGAGUUUUAGGUGAACCAAUAUGGCGGAAGCCCACUCGGCUGUGGCCUUCUCGUUUGCCAUAACUCACGAGGGUUUAGAUGUUAACUUUGACCGUGAAGUUCUUCACCUGGUUUGGGAAUCCGGUGUACGAUCGUGGAAGAAGCGGUUAGCGAGAUUUCAGAAUAGUAUUCAUAAUGGUGUAUAUCCAGGACACUAUAGGUACCUGUUUCUAUUGAUGAGUAUAGCGACUGCGCUUCACUUUGGUGGUUUUAAAGUGCCUUUUAAUUUAACGAACAGACUUCUAGAAAUUCUUCCAUGUGACACACUUCACUGGCAACUAGCAGCCUGCUUCCUAACAUCACUAGUUUUUUGGCUAACGGCGAUAUAUAUUAUUAGGUAUAUUUUAAAGUUACUAUUUAUGUACAAAGGAUGGAUGUACGAAUCGAGAGCAAGAGGAAGCACGCCUUCUUUAAAAUCGAAAAUAUGGGUAGUUCUAGUCAAAACUUUUAUCGGAUGGAAUACUCCGAAAUUGUACAGUUAUCAGGGAUCCUUGCCUAGACUACCUCUGCCUAAUGUGCACGACACAAUGACACGGUAUCUACUGAGCGUGAAGGCUUUGCUGAACGAAGAACAAUACAAGAGAAUGGAACAACUAGCUGCCGAAUUCGAGAACGGUAUCGGCAAAAAACUCCAACGCUACCUCGUAUUAAAGUCUUGGUGGUCCACCAACUACGUCUCCGAUUGGUGGGAAGAAUACGUCUACCUCAGAGGCCGAUCCCCGUUGAUGAUCAACUCUAAUUUCUAUGGUAUCGAUACAGUAUUACUCCAUCCUACCACAAACCAAGCAGCUAGGGCCGGGUCGACCAUAUACACUUUGCUAUGUUUCAGACGUUUAGUCGAGAGGCAGGAGUUGGAACCGAUUCUAGUCCAAGGUCUAGUGCCUUUGUGUGCGUGGCAGUAUGAGAGGAUCUUCAACACUACAAGGAUACCUGGGAAAGAGACUGAUAAGAUACUUCACUGGGUGGACUCGAAUCAUAUAGUAGUUUAUCAUAAAGGAAGAUAUUUCAAGGUUGUUAUCUACAAAGGGAGGAUUCUGAAACCAUGUGAAAUACAAGUACAAAUUCAGCAAAUCUUGGACGAUACAUCAGAACCUCUAGCUGGAGAAGAAAAAUUGGCAGCACUGACAGCUGGCGAAAGGACCCACUGGGCUACUGUAAGAGCUCAGUUGUUCAACAAAGGAAUUAAUAGGGCCUCGCUGGAUCUUAUUGAAAAAGCUGCUUUUGUUGUGACGUUGGAUGAUUUUCCGUACAUUUAUGAUCCUAAAGACCCAUCACAGCUCGAUAAGUAUGGCAGAGCUCUAUUGCAUGGCAAAGGAUAUGACAGAUGGUUUGACAAAUCUUUUACAUUGUGUGUUGGAAGCAACGGCCGAAUUGGAUUCAACGCGGAACAUUCAUGGGCUGACGCAGCAGUGAUGGCGCAUCUGUGGGAGUACGUGAUGACCUCAGAAACUGAACCUCGGGCUGAUGCGCCAGUUUGUGGGCAUUGUUGGGAAUACGUAUUAACAGAGGAGAUCUCUGGCCGAUAUGACGAAACCGGCAACACUAUUGGCAAACCGGAGAUUGUUCCACCAGCGCCGAUCCGUUUGAACUGGGAAUUGAAGUUCGAAUCCCAAGACGCCAUAGACAAGUCAUACAACGUCGCCUGCAACCUCAUCAAAGACAUCAAUCUGCGCAUCUUCGUCCACGACAGUUACGGAAAAGGCUUCAUGAAAACGUGCGGCGUCAGUCCGGAUGCUUAUAUACAGAUGGCGCUGCAGUUGGCUUAUUUUAGGGACGCCGGGAAGUUCUGUCUGACGUACGAAGCCACCAUGACUAGACUUUACAGGGAAGGCAGAACUGAAACUCUUCGACCUCUUAGUAUCCACUCAGUGGCUUGGGUAAAAGCCAUGGAAAAUAAAAACUCGUCUGUAGAAGAGAGGGUUAAAUUGUUAAAAACUGCGUGUAAAAACCACCAAGUUACCUCCCAAGACGCGAUGUGUGGCAAAGGUAUCGACAGACACCUCUUCUGUCUGUACGUGGUCUCGAAAUAUCUAGAAGUAGACUCCCCCUUCCUCCAAGAAGUGCUAAGCGAGCCGUGGCGACUGUCCACCUCCCAAACUCCUCACGGCCAAACGGCUCGCUUCGAUCUAAAGAAACAUCCCAAAUGCAUUUCGGCAGGAGGUGGUUUCGGACCGGUUGCUGACGACGGUUAUGGUGUGUCGUACAUUAUAGCUGGAGAAGAUCUGCUGUUCUUCCAUGUAUCGAACAAAGAGAGUUGCCCGACCACGGAUUGUCACCGUUUCGCAAGGAACAUCGAGCGUGCUCUUGCGGACAUAAGACAAACCUUCUUGGAUUUCAAAGCUCAGAGCGGGAAAAAGUAGAAGUUUUGAAAUGAAUCCUAGCGGGAAUCCCAUCCGAUACAUAUAUUUUACUACAAAACAACUUUACAUAACAUCAUCUCUUUGUUUUACGAUAUUGUUUAUCUAAAUAUUUAUUAAGUAGAUAUUUAAAUGUUAAUAUUUGAGUCGGCAAUAAUUUUUCGAGUUAUUGAUUUGCUUUUAGCUUUUGACUAAUCAAUUAGUAACUUAUGACACCUGUGCUAAAAUGAAUAUAAGACGACAGACGGUUUUAGAAAAUGGAUAGACCUUAUUUGUCACCAAUAAGAUGUUAUCACCAAUAUUAUGAAGUUUGAAUACUGGCGUCUCGAUUUCACCAUAUAAUUGUUUAACAUUUGGGCUUGAAGAUCGAAAAUCUUUGUUAAAAAAUCGCAAAAAAAAUUUGCGCUAUUAGGUACCUUGUGGAUCUUUCACUCAUAUGUCUAUUGUCUCUAAAAAUAAUUUUAAGAAAUAGAGCACUGUAUUCCACAUUUUAAAGUAGAGUACUUUAAAAUUUUGAUAUUACUGUGUUCUAAGGUGCGUUUCUAAGAAGACUUUUUUAAGAUGAUGAAUUGAUGAAUACAUUGAAUGAGUAUGAUCAUCUGUUUUGCUACCAAACAAUCAUAUCUAAUCAAAUUUUCUAUUAAUAAUUUCGGUAUACAUCACGAAAAAUUUAGAAAAUAACUGAUAUGAUUGUUACGACAAAGCAAGUGUAUGAAAUAGUUACUUUUCUGUCAAUGUUGGUCUUUAUUCGCCAAUGUUCAAGUUCUAUUAUUCUAUUGUAUCAAUUUUCUAACUAUAAAAUGAUUUUUGAUACAUUUCAGUAACCAAAACUGAGUCUGCAUUGAGGUGGUUGAGUUGAUGUAGAAUUGUAGAUUUUCGAGAUAUAGACCAGGACAAAAAGAAACUAUGUGAUCUUCACAAUUAAAUCUUCUUCUUUUUUGUGUAGACACUGUCUGUUUUUCAAUGUUCCUCCAGUAAGUUGUCAUUCCAUUUUUUUCGUGGUCUUUCCACUGAUCGUCUUCCUAUUGGGCAACCGUCUCUCGCCGUCCUUACGACCCUAUUUGUUGUCAUUCGGCUUAUGUGGUCGUUCCAUUCUACUCUUCUGUUUUUCACCCAGUUAUUAAUGUUGUCCACCUUGAAUCUCCGUCGUAUAUCUGCACUUCUAGUUCUAUCCCAUAGUGUCUUACCAUCGAUUUUUCGAAGUGUUUUCAUAUCUGUUGUUUCUAGGAUUCUUUUUGUUCCUUCACAAUUAAAUCGAAAACUAUAAUUAAUGUCAGUCAAAAAGAACAAUAUAAGGAGUGAACUCUUAAUGAUGUUAUUUAUAAUUGAUCUGAAAAGUUGUCCCGUAGAUUUCAAAGAAUUUUUUUGUAAUAUCAAAAUAUUUUCAUCCUGCUAUGCUCAACGCUGUUAUUCUCUCUGUGUAAUGUUCCCCUGUAGAAUACUCAUCAAAGUAUUAAUCUGAGUGAAAGGAUUUCAAUUUUGAGAAUAGAUUAAAGUUCGAGGAUACUAAGUCUGGAGAAUAGAGAAUAGUACAUAUUACAGUGAUAACAACAAAGAUAGGCCGUUUAGUUCAGAAGGUAAAAUGCAGUUUUCACAACUCUUCAAUACUGUCGAAAUCAUUGACAACUAUAGCAUUGAAGGGGGUUUCUAGCUGAAAAGCAAACGGCGUUUAAAUCUACUGGCGAUUUCAAUAAAAUUUGUACUGUACUGUAAAAAGUACUGCACCAUUUGCUUUGAAAAUUUGCAUGGGCAUUUAUUGUAAAAAGAAGUACAUGUAAAACGAUUUUUAUAAAAACAUAUUGAAAAUUAAACGAUUUAUGCACCAUCUACUCAUCAUCAUCCAGCCUCAAAAGUCCACUGCUGAACAUAGGCCUCCUCCCCUCGUUUCCAACCCCAUCUAUCCUGCGCCGCCCUCAUCCAGUUUUUAUUUACCUUUCUUAAGUCGUCAGUCCAUCUUGUAGGCGGUCGACCGACGCUUCUCUUGUCUUCUCUUGGCCUCCAUUCCAAUAACCUCUUCGUCCAUCGCCCAUCUGUCAUUC